AGUACUAAUUAUUGGUUCCAAGGCAGAAGAGCAGUAAGGACUAGGCAAUGAGGGUUUAGUGAUUUGCCCAGAGUCACCCAGUUAGGAAGUGUCUGAGGUCAGAUUGGAUCUGAGGACCUCUCCUGUCCAGGCCUGGCUCUCUAUCUCCUGAGCCACUUAGCUUCCCCCUUUGUAGUGAUUCUCAGAUAGAAAGUAAGGGUUUAAAAAGUGAGACAGAAAGAGAGAGAGAGGAAGACAAGAGAGAGGGAGGCAGAGACAGAGAGACACAGAGAGGGAGACAGAGAGAGGGGCAAUACCGAGAGAGACACAGAGACAGAGAGGCAGAGAGACAAAGAGACAAAGAAACACAGAGAGAAGGAGACAGAGACAGUCAGAGACAGAGAGGCAAAGAGAGAGACCUGCUUCAGACAGUCUUUCCUCAGCGAUAUCAUUCCCAAGUUUUCUCCCCAUGGAGAUACUCUGGUGCACAGUAAGCCUGAGCCUCCGGGUGAAUGUUUUACCACACUGAUUACAUUCCUAGGGUUUCCCUCCAGUGUGGAUUCUCUGCUGUACAUCACAGGCACCAUCACCAGUGGAUCUUUGCUUCUGAGUUUCUUCCCCAGAAAGGCUGAACUCUGCAGUGAGAAAAUCUACAGACACGAAUGGGCAGAAUCAGUCAUAUCGCACCGCCAUUAGCUCCCCACUGCAGGAUGCCCUCAUGGGCAGAGUUUCACCCCAAUCCCAUGGAUCCUUGCCAACCUGGAGCCCAGGCAGGGCAGGCUUUCUCCAAUGCCAGCUCAGGGCGGCAGAGGCUUGAGCUCCAAACCCAAGCUGGGACGUGCUCUGUCCAGGUUACCAGGCACGUGGGCUCCCCAGCUUUCCUUUCACCCAGUCUGCACUCUCCAUCCUCUCUACCGGGGUAUUAAGCCCUUUGGUGCUGAUUGUUCUCCUGCGAGCAGGAUGUCAUUUCCUCGGGAUCACUUUCCAGCGGAUCUUUUCUGUGGCGUUAUCUCAGGGCACGUGACCAAUGACGACACCCUUUUUGUACUGACCUGAGCUAUAAAGGAUUUGCUUUUUGGAAGGGCCAUUUCUUAUUUCUUUUUUAACAUUUAUCUAACGGGGGCGGCUGGGUGUCUCAGUGCGGAGUGCCAGGCCUGCAGCGGUGGAAGAGGGAGGUCCUGGGCUUGAAUCUGGACUCAGACCUUCCUCUGUCAUAGGACAGUAGGUCCUCCGGGCUUCAGGACCAGAGUCCGUGGUGUCCAUUUUUCAUCAAAGCAAAGAAUAGGCAUGUGUCCAAGGAGGCGACCGGGAAGGGUCAUUCUCGUGGGAGUCUGUGGGAGCCCCCUCGUGCUCGUGAUGUUGGGGGCCUCUGCCGCUCUGCCAGAGAGAUGGGACAGGAGCCGGGACUACAGGGGUUAGAGCUGGUGAGGACCCGCAGGGUUGAAGAGGGGCCGGGACACGGGUCCGGUGCAACAAUCCAAGGGUCCCGCUGGCUGUAACUCCAUCCUUCCCGUUCAGACUCUCAGGCCAGAACAUGGGGCGACAGCCUGAAGGCUCAGGGAUGCUUGUGGUCACCAGCCGAACCUGCCCUUUUUACAGAGGAGGAAAUUGAGGCCUGAGGCCGGACAGGACCUUGAUUUGGCCAGUCAGAGUUACAUCCCUCCUUAACCUUCUUAAUCAAAGUCAGAGAAUCUAAGCUAGAGAUAACUGGGACAGGACAAAGCCUUCCUUCCCCUGCCAAGAAGGAAGGGCUGGAGCGGAGGGGAAAGGGACCAGGGUGCUAGAAGGGGCUGAGGGUGGGCGGGGAAAUGGAGGCGGGACUCAGACUCUUUUUCCCAGAAUGCCCGCUGAAGUCAGGGGCGGUGCAUUGUGGGAGUGCUUCAUCUGGCUGUCCCUCUAGCCUGCUGUGGCCCUGCCCUACUACAGCAGCUAGCAGAGUCCUGAGAGAGAGAUUAGGGGAGUAGUGCACAUGCGUAUUCCAGCUCUGGGCUCUGCCUCCUCCAUGCUAGGGAAGCUUGCAGAGUCCGUGGGAGAGGGAGGGCAGGAGUGCCCACCGGCGUGUCAGUGGUGGGGUGAGGAUCGCAGUGCGCACGCGCAACCCAGUUGACGUCUCCCUCCCCUUCUUCACUAUAGAUUCCGGGGCCUCAGCUUUAGUGGAAGGAGAAGGUGGUGUAGGAUCUCCCCCCAAGGAAGGGAGUCCAGCCCAGGAGAGUAUCCCUACUCUGGAACCUUUCAUCCAGCCCCAGGGCAAUAGUGAAGCCAGUCCUCCCAGCUGGGCAGAAAGGACGUGAAUGAAGUCAGAGCAAUGAGAAAACAAAAAGGAUGUGCAAGCAUGGGAGACGUGGCCCUGACAUGUCAGGAGAAGGAUAUAGCUCUUCCCCAAGUCAGCAGCAUAGAGGAGAAGGAAGGAGGGACUUCUGGAGUCCUGGCUGCCAGGAUUCAGGAAUCUUUGACAUUCAAGGAUGUGGCUGUGGAGUUCACCUGGGAAGAGUGGAGACACCUGGAUCCUGCCCAGAUGGCCCUGCACAGGAAUGUGAUGUUGGAGAACUAUGAGAACCUGGUCUCCAUAGGGAUUCCCGUUUCCAAACUAGAUUUGCUCUUCCUGUUGAAGAGAGAAGAUGUACAGAAUGAAGAGGGAGAAGCUGGGACAGGAGCUUGUAUAGAAGGAAAGAUCAGACUUGAAAUGAAUGAGAUUUCUGCAGAGCUACGCCUUUCUGGGGAAGAAACUCAGAAGCAAAGAUACAUUGGUGAUGGUGCCUCUGAUUCCACUUGGAGGGAAAACUUGGAUGUACAUCAGAAAAUCCACACUGGAGGGAAACCUUUUGAAUGUAAUCAGUGUGGAAAGGCAUGCAGAUCUAGAAAUAGUAUGGUUAAACAUCAGAGCAUUCACACUGGAGAGAAACCAUAUAAAUGUAAGCAUUGUGGGAAAACAUUCACACAGAGGGCCACUCUCACCGUACAUCAGAGAAUCCACACUGGAGAGAAACCUUAUGAAUGUAAUCUGUGUGGAAAGGCAUUCAGAUAUAGAAAGGAUAUAGUUAAACAUCAGAGCAUUCACACUGGAGAGAAACCUUAUAAAUGUGAUCAAUGUGGAAAGGCUUUUACACAGAAGUCUGGUCUUACUGUACAUGAGAGAAUCCACACUGGAGAAAAACCUUAUGAAUGUAAACAUUGUGGGAAAACAUUCAAAGAGAGGGGCACACUUACUGGACAUCAGAGAAUUCACACUGGAAGGAAACCUUAUGAAUGUAAUCAAUGUGGUAAAACAUUUGCAAAGAGAGCUGCUCUUACUGUACAUGAGAGAAUCCAUACUGGAGAAAAACCAUAUGAAUGUAAUCAUUGUGGGAAAUCAUUCACACAGAGGGCCACGCUUACUGUACAUCAGAAAAUCCACACUGGAGUAAAACCUUAUGAAUGUAACCAUUGUGGGAAAACAUUCAAAGAGAGGGCCAGUCUCACCGUACAUCAGACAAUCCACACUGGAGAGAAACCUUUUGAAUGUAAUCUGUGUGGAAAGGCUUUCAGAUGUAGGAACUAUCUCAAACUACAUCAGAGAAUCCAUAUUGGAGGGAAACCUUUUGAAUGUAAUCAAUGUGGUAAAACAUUUGCAAAAAGAGCUGCUCUUACUGUACAUGAGAGAAUCCACACUGGAGAGAAACCUUAUAAAUGUGAUCAAUGUGUGAAAACAUUCACAGAGAGAGCCAGUCUCACCGUACAUCAGAGAAUCCACACUGGAGAGAAACCUUUUGAAUGUAAUCUGUGUGGAAAGGCUUUUAUACGGAGAGCCAGGCUUACUGUACAUCAGAGAAUCCAUACUGGAGAGAAGCCUUAUGAAUGUAAUCAAUGUGGAAAAGCUUUUACACAGAAGUCUGCUCUUACUAUACAUCAAAGAAUCCACACUGGAGAGACUCCUUUUGAAUGUAAUCAAUGUGGAAAGGCUUUCAGAGGUAGGGAUGGUCUCAAGCUACAUCAGAGAAUCCAUACUGGAGAGAAACCAUAUAAAUGUAAUCAAUGUGGAAAGGCUUUCACACAUAGGUCCACUCUUACUGUACAUCAGAGUGUCCACACUGGAGAAAAACCUUAUGAAUGUAAUCAGUGUGGAAAGGCAUUCAGAUCUAGAAAUAGUAUGGUUAAACAUCAGAGCAUUCACACAGAAGAGAAACCUUAUGAAUGUAAUCAAUGUGGAAAGGCUUUUUCGUUUCCAGACACAGAAGUCUGGUCUUAUUGUACAUCAGAGAAUUCACACUAGAGAUAAAUCUUAUGACUAUUAUUGGCUUAGUAAAGUCCUCAGUUAAACGUCAACCCUUACUUUCUCUCAUCCACUGCCAAGUCAAUAAAUAGCAGUCCUCGGGGGCAGCUGUGUCGACCCCAUCCAUACCUUUGGGGGCUUUUGCUGUACUGAUGACACUGGAGUCAGGUUGCUCAUUAAAGGAAGAUUGCAGGGGUCCUCCACUGGCCCUGGACAUGGGACCUUAACAUAUUGAUCAGACAUGAUCCCAAGCUGUGCCUAAUGAUGGAAAAGCACAUGAAUAAGAGCAAUGACUUUUGUCUCAUUUAAAAGUAAUCCAAGGCUAAAGUUCACAUAAUUCAAGCUGAAUUCCUUUCUUUUUCCCAUUGGAAUCAUGAGUAUGAUUACCACUUCAGUUUAGGAAGAUGAGAACUAGAGAAUCCUUGGUGUCUCAUAGCAUGAGACUUUAAGGGCCUGUAAGGGAGCUUCCAUGAUCUUCAGUGUUAGGUCUAGUCAUUUAAAGGUGAUUAGGUACAAAAAAAAAAGAGAGUAACAUACUAUGAAUUUUAAAACUACUCCACCCUACUCAGGCGUACUCAGAAGAUCUGAUUUAGCUAUUUCCUGAUUAGAACAAUGUAGAUACUUGGUUUAACAGAAUUAAGUCUUGGGAACUAUACCUUUCUCCACCCUACUUAGUUUCACAAGUUCAGGAUGCCUGUACCAUACUCAAAGAUUUAAGUAUCUGAGGAAAUGGCUUUCAACAGACAAGUGAGGAAGAAGCGGACAGAUCCUUGGGGUGUCCUAAGUCAAGCUAAGCUAUCAUUGGUACAUAUGAGAUGCAGGAAAGUGAUGUAAAAUCGUCUAUAUAAGGCACAUCACUUGCUCUCUCCUUUUUUCCCCCCCCGAGAGUCGACCCUGGCUGGCAGCAUGCUAAGGUUCUGACAUCUUGACAUGGUGGCAUCUAUUGUCUGGGUUUGGUGGUGAGUUUGCCCCUGAACUGAUUCAGGUUCAGGCAUCUUGGCUGAGUUCAGGCUGAUUCUUUCCUCCUUACUCUUCAAACCCUUAUCUUCCUAAAGCCUCUGGUCUUCCUCCUGGCACUAACCAGGCGGGAAAAAUCCUACACCCUUUUCCUUUUUCCUUCUUAAUUUCUUUCCACUAUAUAAAUGAAAUCACCAUUAAUUUCCAGUUGACGUGGUUAAUUUUUUUUUACAUUUGGGAUAUCUAUAGCAACCAAAUAAUUAAUAUAGUUUAGAUCACAAUGCUAAAUUAUCCUUUACAGUUUUGGCUGACUAUGUCAGUUGUGAGGAAAUACCCUCAAUCUUCUAAUCUUUCCUAAAUCUUUUCUCUUCUGUGACUAUCCCUAAGUUCAGCUUUUAAUAGCUUAUUUUGAUCAACUGUAGAGGUAAGAAAAUUUGGAAUUUUUUCCCCUCUCUCCUUACAUUAGACAGACUACAGCUGUUUGUUUUUUUUUUAAACCAAACCUUCAGGACUGUGAAAGCUGUGUAGCUACAAAUCCUCUUUCCCUCAGGAAACAACUGCAAUAUUUGGUAAAGGAAGCACAAAAAAAUACUGAAUAAAAUGAUGUUAGAAAGACAAUAGACCAAAUGGUGAAAAGGGCAAAAAAUCCAUUGAAGAAAGGAACUUCUUUAAAAUCAAAAUUGGCCAAAUGGAAAAAAGAUAUACAAAAAUGUACUAAAGAGAACUUCUUAAAAAGUAGAACCAGCCAAAUGGAGAGUAGAGAUACAAAAGUUAAAUGAAGAACAUAAUUACAUAGAAAUUAGAAUUGGGCAAGUGGAAGCUAAUGCCUCCAUGAGAUAUUAAGAAAAAAUUUAAAUGAAAAGAAUAAAUAAAUAGAAAAAAAGUGUGAAAUAUCUCAUUGGAAAAAUAACUGACCUGGAAUAGCUGCAGGAGAGAUAAUUAAAUGACUGUACAACCUGAAAGCCAUGAUUUAAAAAAAAAUAAGUAAAUUACAUGGCUUCCAGGUUAAGGAGGAAAUGUAGCAAAAAAUCCCCUGAAUUGAAACAAAAUUCAAAUAUUGUUUAACCACGCUCAGUAUACCACAAGAUUUAGCAGCUUUGAUAUUAAAUGAUUGGCAAAUUUGGAAUAUGAUAUUCCAGAAGGUAAAAGAAUUAGGAUUACAACCAAGCAUCAUCCACCCUGUAAAAUAGUAGAAACAUUCAGGAGAAAAAAAAAUGAAUGUUCAGUGAAAUAGAGGACUUUUCAACUCUCAAGAAAUGUAUAAAAAGAAAAGAAAUCCUAGAGCAAUCAGUAAAUUUAAGCUGUUUAUAUUCCUACAUGAAAAGAUGAUAUUUGUAAUUCCUAAGAACAUUAUCAUUCUUAGGGCAGUUAGAAGGGCAUGGAUAUGAGUUUACUAUAAUGAGAUGAAUGCAUAAAAAAAUUAAGGGGUGAGAAGGAUGCAUUGGAAGGAGGAAGGGAGAAGUAGAAUGGGGUCCUUUAUCAUAAAAGAAGGUCAAAAGUUUUUAAAGUGGAGGGUUAGAUGGAGUUGGGGAGAAGCACUAAAAUUUUAUUGAAAUUGGGUCAAAAGGCAAAUAGUAUACACACAACUGAGUAUAGAAAUACACUUUACCUUGUGAGAGAAUAGGGAAAGGGGAUAAGAAAAGAGAAUGGGUUAAUUGGAAGAGGCAGUAGUCAAAAGCAAAACACUUGAGAAUGAAAGGAUAAAAGCAAGUAAGAUAAAUAGGAAAAUAGGAUGGAGGAAAAUACCCAGUUAAUAAUCCUAAUGGGGAAAAAAGUUUAGAGCAAGUUUCUUUAAAUAUGAAGACUAUAUAUGUAUAUUUAGGGAGAUUAAAGUUAAAACAACUUAGGUACUUACACCUAUCUGAUUGGCUAAUAUGAGAGAAAAGAAAAAUGACAAAUGGGGGAAAAUUGAGAUACUUAUGUAGUGUUAGUGGAACUAUGAACUGAUUCAAACAUUCAUGAGAACAAUUUAGAAGCUUGCUCAAAGGUUCUAAAACUAUGCAAUAUCACGACCAGGUCUGUAUCCCAAGAUAUCUUUUUUUGGGGAAAAAAGGUCUAUUUGUACAAAACUUUCUAGCAGUUCAUUUUGUGAUGGCAAAGAAUUGGAAAUUGAGGGGAUGCCCAUCAAUUGAGGAAUACAUGAAGUUUUGGUAUAAUGAUUAUGACAGAAUACUGUUGUGCUAUGAGAAAUGAUGAGGAUAAUUUCAGGAAAAAAACCCUGAAAAGCCUUUCAUUAUCUGAUUCAAAGUAAAGUGAGCAGAAUAUGGAGAACAUUGUACACAGUACUUGCAAUAUUAUUCAGUAAUCAAGUGUGAAUGAAUUAAAUAUUCUUAGCAAUACAAUGAUCCAAGACAAUUCUGAAGGACCCUUGAUAAAAAAUGCUACUUCCAAAGAAAAGUGAUGGAGUCUGAAUGCAGAUCACAGUCUUCCUUGAUUAGAUUUGCUUUUGUCAGGUCUUCAAAUUCAGGUGGGAAAAGAAUGCCUCAAAUUCUCUUGUACUGGAGACUCAAAUCAUGUUACUUCAAGAAGCAUUUCUCAAUCAGUUCUCAUAAAUCACCUACUAAGAGCCAGACAGUAGACUAAGUGCUAUGGAUUAAAAAAAAAAAAAGAUGAAAUGAUAACUCCCUGGAGGAGCUUGCAUUCUAAUGGUUUAAGUCAACAAGCAUUUAUUAAACAUCUGGGACCCCAAGAAAUAGUAGUCUCUGGAGAUACCAGGCAUUGAUUGAAAACAAUAACUGUAAACAAUUUGCAAAUACUAAAUUCCCUAAAACUCUACCAUGCCCACAUGUGCAUUUCCAUUUAUAUUAUUGAGGUCUUAAGUCUCAGAAAGGCUUAUUAAGUCCUGCAGCAGAAGUGAGAGCCAAAAUAGGGGGCCUGUUCGAGGAGCCCCGAAAAGUUUUACUUCUAUAAACUUGAAACACAGGAUUGAGGAAACAAUGGCUGAGGUACUUCCCAGAUACAGCUCAUAGGCUGCUAAAAGGUCUACCUCAGAAAUUUCCUUAUUUCAAUCUGUGGAGCUCCUGAAAGGCUUCUGGGGUCAACAUGAGUUGUAGGUCCUGAUUAAGCAACAAAUCUGGACCCAGAGCCAUAAACAAGUCCAGGCUAGAAGCUACACAGGACAAGAGAGUUUCCAACAAAGCAAUCUGGUUUUCCCACAGGUUCAAAAUAUGCUUCAAGGAGAAGAUGUCCACAAAGGCAUGCCAAACCUCAACAGCAUCAUCGUAGUGUCAGGCUGGCUCCAGAGCUCCCUCCUGAAUUUCACAGGUUGGGUUUUCCAUAUGAUAUCUCAGAAAUGAGGCAAGUCUAGAAGGGCCUUUCUAAAGCUAUCAGAAACAGAUCCAAGCUUCAAUCUUCUGACAGUGAUAGUAUUUACAAGGGUCUUCUCCAGCAAGAGUUGUUUUCUGGUAAAAAGCAAAGGGAAUGUUGGCUUCUCCUUUUCCCCAUCAAUUAUACUUAUUGGGAAGACUACUACAAAUGAUCUCAUGUAACCUUGUGCUCUAGGCCUUUCCAUCUCCAUUCCCUUUGAGAUUUGAUUGAUUAUUAUUUUUUCUUCAUGCUAGAAAGGAGAUAAACAACUUUCUCCUUCCAGAUUGAAUCCUUUUGGUGACAAACAAACCAAAUCAGAGACAGUGAAUGCAAUCUCAUGGGCACAUCUGUCAGUGGAGGUAACCUACCCUGGGAGUCAAGUCUUCUGAUCCUCUGGGGAAGAGGGAGGUCUGAGACAGCCAAUGUUUGAUACAAUUGCUCAGAGAUCUACUUGUGUCAGUCUUCCUAUUAACACUACUAGAAUCACUGAGUAUGAAUAAUAUAGAGGUUCUACUGGUUCCACCCAUUUCUUGCUAGAUGGGUACAAUGAGCAAUAAUUGGACCCCCACCCUAUUUGAGUAGCCCUCUGCCCCUCCUAAAUCAAUGAUUUUACCCCUAGACUAAUUGCUCACCAGUAUAAUCCAGUUUAAAGACAUUCCAUAAGGGGGCUGAUUAUUUCUUUUGUAUUAAAAGACAUUAUUGUACAUUGAGUCAGUUAAGGAUAAUCAACUAAUCCCAAUAUGUAACACAAUUCAGAAUAAUUAGAGUAGGUUAAAUAGAUCCUAUUUUAUAGUAGAUUUUCAACUUGUCAUUAACAUGUACUUGGCUGAGCACAAGAGUGUCCUAACUAGAGGACCUCCAUCGAUGUGGCCUGAUGACUACAUGGGCAAGGAAGACCCCCAAACCUCCAGCCUGGACUGUCUGAGUACUGUAGGAUAGAAAUGUUCUAAUGGGUUGGAAGGUCCUUGCAUAAUGUAAAAUGUCUCCUAGUUAGGAGUCUGUUGCCCAAUAUUUGGGUGGGAUUCUGCCUGCUCUGUACAUACAUUUGUAAGCCCAUUACUCAACAAUGCAGGUGGAGAUCUACUAGGCCUUUACUCUGAACCCCAGAGUGACUGUGGGACCCCCAAGAAGAUUCUGUACUUUGUACUGUCCCAUCUGAACUGUCUGAUGAGACUUCAGGAUUAUAAAACUUGGCUGAACAUGAAGUGAUCUCAGAUAGUGGCCAGGUCCCUUUAAUAAAUAGUAAUUGGCUCAGAGCUCUGCCUCAGUGACUUUAUAGUUUAGAUCAUUUCUGGCAUUACAUUAUGGUUACCCCAGAUGGGAUGAUGAGGUGUGGACCUUCCCUACAUUCUUCAUCCCACUCCUCAUGGUACUCCUCUCCCUUUAAAAAAUAGGAAGUAGUACCUGGAUGAAUUUUCACAGCUGGCUCACCCACCAACAAAGACUUAGGUUGAUGGGACUCUCUACUGUUCCUACACAAAUUCUCCAAGCUUAAGAUGUCUCCCCAAGGCUACAGAUUGGUGAGUUUACCUGAAAUCACUCCCCCACAACACCCCACAAAUUUAAAGGGGUACAAGGAGGUCCCAAUUGUAUAGAAAGUGAGUACUUGGGUUUAUGACUAAAUUAUGUGAAUUAACCAGCAUUAUUUGGCCAUAUUUUCAGCUUUUAAAACCUAGGUUGAUUUUUUUUCUCCUUUCAUCUUAUCAGAGCUAGGGAAGUAUAACAGAAUCACUGCUACUGCCACUUUUUCAGCCUCCAGCCAGGAAAACCAACAAACAAAAAACAUUGGAAGUUUCAAACAGAUUUUGUACUUGCUUGUGGUCAGGGAUCAGAGAUUUUUUUAAAAUGAUAUAUACAUUUUAUUGCUUGUAAUAGGAAUAAAGUGAUUUUCAGUGAUAUUAGGGUUUCUGCUUCAGACACUGAAGACCUAAGUGGCUCAUCUGAGGCCCCCAAUGGCCCAUUUCAGGAAUUUGAAAUUGGAGAACUUUCUAAAACUGGUCCCUGACAAAGACACAAAUACAGAAAAAGUUACUAAAACUUCUAGUCUUGGCAGAAAGCACAAGUUGAACACAAAUGAGCUAGAACACCUGGAAGAGAUGUUUUUAUAAAAUGAAAAGAUAUGGAAAAGACAUUAAAAACUUGUUGCAAGAGGUAGAAAUCCUUGCCCAAGCAGCAAAUUCUUUGAAAAUUAGAAUGAACUAAAUAGAAGGCAAUGAUUCCAAAGUCAAAAGACUGGGAAAAACAACUGAGUUGGGGAAAAAAUAGAUUGAAGAGAAGAACCCUUAAUCCUUGGACCAUCUGAAUACUGAGAAAAGAGAUCUAGAACAGAUCUGUUUAGGUUUGUUGUUUUUUUGGUCUAGUGUGCAAAGGGGAACCACUGGUUACUAAUUGGAAGAAACACCAAAAUGAAAACUUCCAGGAAUAUCAGACAACAAUCAAAGCUACUCAGAGAAGUAAUGCAAGCAGCCAGAAACAAAAUUCAAUCACCAAGGAUCCUAUCAAGCUUACAUGUGAUUUUAGCAGCCACUACUACUUAGCCCAAGCAUAUGGACUUACAGCCAAGAAUAACUUAAGCAAAAUUGAAUAUAAUAAGAGGGGGAAAAUGAACCUUGAACGUCAAUAGAGAAUUUCCAAGGAAUCCCAAUGAAGGCGAGGAUUGCAUUAAAACAUAGGAAGGAAGAGAAAAAGACAAAUGUGAAUGAAAGAUAAGGGACAAAACAAGAUGAUAUACAAAUGUCCCCUCUGAACUCUUAUCAUCAAAGGUGGUUCUGUUAUGUCUUAAUAUAGAGAAGAAUGGAAAGAAGAGGAAGUGGAAACAAAGGGAAAGGAAGAUUAGGGGAAAUUAUCUUAUUAAAGUAGAAAAGCAGAUAUUUUUACAAAUGAAGGGGGAACAGUUGAUUGAACCUUAAAGGAAAAGUACAGACAUAUACAAUUAGAUUCAGAAGUACAUUUAACUCAAUGAAGUAGAAGGAAAAGGGGAGGAGAAAAAUUGGUCCUAAACACAAAUGUAGAAAUAUAGUUCUUUUUGAGUUGGAAGAGAAUCUUGGAAACAUGGAAGUUUCCAUAAAUUGGAGAAUGAACAAGUUAUGGUGUAUUAAUGUGGUUAAGUUUUCUAAAAGUUGUGCUAUAAAAAAUAAUGGAGGUGAUGCCUUCAGAGAAUAUUCUAUUAUAUUCAUACACCAUUAUCUGUUCAACCAUUCCCCCAUUGAAGCACAGGUAAUAAAUGCUGUGUACUUUAAAAAAACAAACAAACAAACAAAAUAGGUCCCUGAAUCUUAAGAGUAUUCAUUAUAAGCCAGGACCCCAUAAUGAUGCACUCAGUGCCUCCAGGGUUAGUCCACAAUCCUUCUAGUUAGAGAGAGGGAAUAGGAUAGGGGUACAAUCUUCAGAAGAGGAACUUCUAAGACAUUUAGUCCUCAGAAGCAGAGCCUUUGGGCAUCCAGUUGUCUCAGAAAAAGUUCUGAAGUUGCCCUCUCCUAGGUAGGGUUGUCCACAGGAUGGAGGGUGUUAGGAUCACAUGUUAAAGGAUUCAGAGAAAUUGUUUUGGCUACAAUUUGAACUUUGUUACUAUUCUACCCUUGGAAAAUGAUUUGCUUUUAUUGGCCUCCAACCUUCUUGCCCUGUUAUCCCCAGGCCUGCAAGAUGAACAAGGCAAAAGAAUGAGAACAGCCUACAGCUCCCUAAAUGGCCUGCAUGAGUACAACUUGGCCUUACCUGAGCUGUCUGUUCUUUGGGUUAAUCCAAGUUAGCAGGUGCUUCCAAGCUUUUGUUUUCAAUCUGUGAUUUUUUGCUUUGGUCUGAUCACCUGGAGAAAAAUGAUUAAAUAAAGCAAAAACAAUUUUUUUAAACAUUA